AUUCGUUUCAACACAAACCUCCUCCUCAUACCUAUUACCCGGCCCAUCGAUAAACCCUAGCUAAUGGGCCAUUCCAACGAACCAGGGAUUCUUUCAAAUGUUCUCAGUUUUGUCUCGCGAGAGAUUGGCGAGUUUGUGAUAAAUGCUACCGGUAUAUCUGAGUCUGGUCCAUCCAAACGGAGACAGGGACGUGAUGCGAAGUCUAAAGAGCGGGGCAGACAACGAAAAGGUUAUGAUGGGGGAAUGAUCGAGCAGUGGAGAGAGGCUAGCGGUAGCGAGAAGCACCAAGAUCGAGUCUACGCCGAAAUAAUGCCUAGCAUGACCUCCCGCUUACCAUCUCCACGCCAUACCAGCCAUUCAAGAGGCAGAAAAGUCCACCCUCGUCCUCAAGAUGAUGCACCCCUCCCUUCAUCACACUCUGAAACAACAUACCCCCAACUCCGCAAAAAACCCUCCAUCACAAUGCCUGGCUCACUUUUCCCUCGAUCAGAUUCGCUCCAACCUGAUUCCGUACCUCAUAGUCCUCAGUCAGCUCUCGACAUUGACGCACAAGACUCGGAACCCGGCCCCUCCAAUUCUCAACACGAAACCCCCGCAGACCGAUCUGGCCCUUCCCCCUGGCGCACCCGCCCCAUCGCCUCCGUUCAUGAUGCAGUUCAACGAUUCACCGCGAGUGGAGGGGAAGAGAGAGACUUUUCGCUAUUGGUCGUCGCUAGUCCUACGGGUCCUGUAGAUCCGGAGAGCCCAGGCGCCGUACUAGAAACGCCGCAUUCGCCCCUAGGUGGUGUUUCCCGGAAGGGAAAAGAACGCGCUGUUAAUGAUGGAGACGAGGAUUUAGCAUUUAUACUCGAUCAUCACCGCGUGCAGGAUAAGGAAAAACAGCUUGAUGCUAUACGAAGGGAGAAGGGAGCGAAGAAUAACACUAUAGGUGAUGGAGAGCGGGAUACGGACAAGGAGCGCAUUAGAAUGUUGGAGGAAGAAGUUAGGAUGUUGAAGGAAGAGCUCUCCCGUCGCCGCCGUUCGCCACCCCCCCAAACCCAAGUCCCAAUACCACCCCCACCACCCCCACUUCCUCCUCCUCCCGGCGUCCGCAUCCCCCUCCCUCUUCAUCUAAGCGAAAGCAGGGCCCUUUUCGCAAGUGCACGCGCUGCCUUACGCUCAACUGAAGCCAGUACGAUCGGGAGCACAAACGAUCUGGCAAGGUCAGCAAGUGGUAAGGUGAGACAGCCAACCGUCAACGUUCCCAGCGAUAAAAUGGCUGCGUUCCUGAACGAGAUGAGGACGGUGCGGUUGAGGAAAGUGGGGUCUGUACCUGGAUCUAUACCUGGACCUGGGGGGCUGAGUAGGAGUGUUAGUGAUCGACCUGGGCCGAGUGGAUUAAGCCGCAGUGUGAGUUCGAGUGCUACUGGAGUAGAUGGGCGGAGAGAGGAUAUGGCGAGGCGCAAGUCGACGGGCGUGAGAGCACCUGUUGGUUCAGCCGCUUCCGGUCUUGCUUCUGCGUCGAACAGCUCUUCGAGACCAGCUUCUUCCAGCGGGACUAAAGCAGCGUCGACCUCAAAAUUACCUUCCGCCUCGAGCAUUCCCAAACCGAAAUAUACUUCAACCGCCUCGAAACCAUCAUCCUCAUCAAGCACGACCCGCCCAGCCAUAAAUAACAAACGCAAAGCGGACGUCCUAGGCGACUCAGAAGGAGGAUCUACUUCUAAACGACGUUCAGGCACCCGUGUGCAAGCCCAAUCAGACACGAGCUCUUCAUCGUCAUCCUCCAGAACACAAGAAUUCUCCUCCGGUUCCACACACUCAAAUCUCUCACUCACACGUCCAUCGCAUACGAACCACUCCUCACUAUCGAACGAAACGGACAUCACCACUCCCUCUUUAUGCUCUGAUAACGAACUUGGAGGGGACGCAGAUGGUAGAAUGCCAUCGACGCCGCCUGGACCGAGGUCUGCAGUUCAGAGUGCGCAUGAUGAGGUUAUAGAGAUUAUCGAUGUGGAUAUGGAGGACAACAAUAUCGAUAUCGAGCCUGCACAUAAACCUAUCACGCCCUCCCGCCCACAAAGUGAUAUGUUCAGGAAACGCCCGCCGAUGUCGCCGCUGCCUGUACCGACGCCAACGAGGAUGCGAGCGCCUGCGCGUGCCAAGGGGAGGAGGUCCCUGCCGACGCCUGAGAGGACAAAGAGGGGUGCGACACCGAAGCCGAAGAGUAUCAUGCUGCUCGACGAAGAUGACGACGACGACGACGAGGAUGAGCCCGAUGAGUUGGCGUUACCUCCGAAGUUGAAAUGGCGGCGCGAGGCUCAGCCCAGAGUCGCGGAGAAAUCGACCGCGGCAAAUAGCAAGGGAAAACGGCGACUGACGUUAGAUGAAGAGCUUGCCCGGGCAAGGUCGUCUGAUCGGCUUGUGGAGCUUGGAUUAGAGAGUGGGGAGCUGUUUGGGACGGGUACUGGGAGUAAACGACGGGGAUUUUUGGCUGGGGGUGGUGCGGGUGGUGCGCCUGUGUUUAUGGGCGCAGGAUAUGUUCGGGGUGUCGAGGAAAAUGGACUGAGCCUGCCAGCGUCGAGAAUACCACGGCGGAGAGGCUAGCAUGCUAAUAUUUAUUGUUAUCUUUAUCGUAUUCCCUUGACUCUCGUGUUAUUUCUUGUAUAGCUAGCUAUGAUACCUGGUCUCUUCGCUGCAGAGGAUGUCAUAAGCUAA